AUGAAUCCGGACAUCUACAAAAAAGUCUGUAAUCAAUUCUAGCUUUCAGAAAGGCUGUUUAUCGUAAGAAUUCAAACUGAAGAUCUCUGUCUCCAUUAUGAUUUUAAAUUAACUUUAUUGAAUGUAUUGGUGAUGUCAUAAGCCAUAUAACCAUCAUCAAAAAUCGAUUUCAUAAGUGAUUAAGCAGGUUAGAAUUCCCCCUUUAUCAUAUAACUUAGAAUCUCCUUCAAAUCAUCAAUAUUAGGCACAUCACAAACUUUGAAUACAUUUUCUCGAUUUACUAAUCCAAAUCCUGUAAAUGUAGCCUAUAAAUUAUUGAUUGCUUGUCUCAUAUCUCCUUCUGAUGUAAAUAUUAAUGCAUCCAAUCCAUCCUUUGUGUAAGUAAUACUCUCUUAUUUAUAAUCUCCAACACUCUUUCUCUUAUCUCACUCUCACCCAACCGAUUGA